CACAUCUUUCUCCUCUGUUCUUCCUUUUAAAAGAUGAUAAAAUCUUUCUCUUCUCCUCGCCAAUGAUCUGAUCUCUGGUUUUAAUUUUCCUCUUUCCUUUUUUCUUUCUCUUCUUAAAAUCUCUUGAUUUGUUCAUUUGGAGGGAGAGGAUUUCAAAAAAGUCUCAGGCCGGUUCUUGGGAUGGAGGAGAACACGGCGGCAGCGGCGGAGAGAAGAUCCGGUUGUGGUUUAUUGAGCGUAAUGUUCGGUAGACGUGGAUUGUGGUCCAAGAAACCUACCUCAACCGAUAACGGUAGCCAGAAAAGCACAUCCACGGCUGCGACCCCAACCAGCAACAUUCAGUUCACCAAAUCUCCUGGUGCAGAGCUAAAGAAACCUCGAGAUGACCAGAGGGUUUCCGCCGAACCGAUCCAUAACCAAAAUCAGAAUCAGAGAUCGGUACUCGUCCCAUCAAAACCCUCGUCGAACCAAUACCCUAAUAACCAUCAGUUAGGGAGCUACGAGAAUCAUCAGCAACAACAUCAGCAACAACAUCAGCAACGCAGUAGUUAUAAAAACAAUAGUAGUAGCGUUGAUCCAUACAGAGGAGGACAGAGGAAAGUGCCGAGAGAAGCCAUCGGUUUAUCGGGAGAGCUUGAAAGCAUGAUCACCGACCAUCAGAAAUCAAGAGGACCCAAUGGAUUGGUUCGUGCUUCCUCUAGCAAUGUGAUGUUAUAUGGAAGUCUUGGCAAUUUGAACCAGUCAGGACCACCAGCAAACUACGGUAAUGUCAACACUCAGAGUUACGGUGGAGGAGGAGGGUAUGGUGCGAAGAGGACGACGACCGUGGCUGCAGCGUCCAAGAGUAAUCAAGAACAAUCAGGAUCUUUGUGUAGAGCAAUCUCAACAAGAAUGGAUCCAGAGACUUUGAAGAUAAUGGGGAACGAAGAUUACAAGAAUGGGAAUUUCGCAGAGGCGUUAGCUUUGUAUGAUGCAGCGAUUGCGAUUGAUCCGAAUAAAGCUGCGUACCGUAGCAACAAGAGCGCGGCUUUGACUGCACUAGGGAGAAUUCUUGAUGCGGUUUUCGAAUGCAGAGAAGCAAUCAGAAUAGAGCCUCAUUACCAUAGGGCACAUCAUCGGUUGGGUAACUUGUACCUCAGGUUAGGAGAAGUCGAGAAAUCGAUGUAUCAUUUCAAGCAUUCGGGUCCAGAGGCCGAUCCUGAAGACAUUGCAAAGGCGAAAACCGUACAGACAAAUCUAAGCAAGUGCACAGAAGCUAAGAGACUACGAGAUUGGAAUGGUUUGAUUACAGAGACGACCAACACAAUCGCUUCAGGAGCUGAUGCUGCUCCACAGGUGUAUGCGUUGCAAGCAGAAGCAUUGUUGAAAACGCAUAAACACCAAGAUGCCGAUGAUGCUUUGUCUAGAUGUCCGGUUUUCGAUGUGGAAACCAGUACUCGGUACUAUGGACCGGUCGGUUAUGCUGGUUUCUUGGUCGUCCGUGCUCAGGUUCACUUGGCCUCUGGCAGAUUCGACGAGGCGGUGGAGGCGAUCCAACGCGCCGGGAAGCUGGACGGGAAUAACAGGGAGGUGAAUAUGGUGUUACGGCGGGCUCAGGCGGUGACGGAAGCUCGUUUCAGAGGGAACGAGCUAUUUAAAGCCGGGCGGUUCGAAGAGGCGUGCGCCGCCUACGGCGAGGGAUUAGACCACGAUCCGCGAAACUCCGUUUUGCUCUGCAAUCGCGCCGCUUGCCGUUCAAAAUUGGGUCAAUUCGAGAAAUCUGUUGAGGAUUGCUCGGCGGCGAUCUCUGUCCGGCCGCGUUACCGCAAAGCUCGCCUGAGAAGAGCCGAUUGUAACGCCAAGAUGCGAAAGUGGGAAUUGGUACAGGCAGACUACGAGGAAUUGAGAAAAGAGACGCCUGACGAUGAGGAAGUGAUCAGAGGAUUAUCGGAGGCACAACAACAACUCAUGAAACGUCGUGGCCAAGAUUCUUGAGAUUUUCCGGUGAUUAAAAAACCACCGUGAUGAGUAAUAUGGGCUGAGAAAAUGACUAGCGCUAGAAAAUUCAUUGUUUGAAUUUCUUUUUGGGCCGGCGACUGACACCUAAAUGACAAAAAUUGUGUGAUUCUUUCAAAUUAAAUAUAUUAAAUAUUUUU